AAGAGAGAGCGCGUGAGAGACAGCAAAGCAGCCCCAGGCUUCCUCCUCUCUUUCACGUCAGAGGCAGGAACCGACUGUGCUAACGCUGUUGACUCAACACGCAGAGACGGAGAAAGGAGCAGACACAGUGAGAGGAGAGGGGCUCCCCUGACCCAGGGAAUUAUCACUAGUGGAGUAAAGCCACCUGACUUUUUGAUCUUAUUUCGGUUGCCUCCUUUUCUCCUUCCACUCCAGCCCUGCCAGCUGGGGUUUCAUUUCUUCCGUGGAGCCUCUUCUCUUCCUCCCAGAAAAGGAGGAAGGGAUAAGAAGGGAGAGAGGUGGGUUCUCUAGGUGAGCGCAGUAGCUUGGCUCCAGCCCGCACAGACGAGAAUCCUCUUCGCAGGAAGCUUCUCACACUCCCCUGCCGCCCACCCCCAGUCCGGGUGGCUGCGUCACUGGAACUGUGCAGAGACCAGGUCUCCUUUAGAGUUAGGAUUAAAGAACGUGGGAGAAAGAGAAAACCCUGAAGACACCAUCACUUAAGGUUCCCACAACUCCAUGCUGUGCGCUACAAACUGGUCUUGAACCCAGAGCCCUGGCUGAGAGGAUGGGGGCAGACGGGGAAACGGUGGUCCUGAAGAACGUGCUCAUAGGUGUCAACCUGAUCCUUCUGGGCUCCAUGCUCAAGCCCACUGAGUGCCAGCUGGAAGUCACCACGGAGAGGGCCCAGAGACAGACAGUGGAGGACAGGAGUGUGACCAAGUCCAACACAUCCGACGAUCAGCAGCCUAUGCUCUUCCGCCACGUGUACAACAUUAAUGUGCCCCCGGACAGCCUCUGCUCCUCGGGGCUCGAGGCCUCCGCUGAGCAGGAGGUGAGCGCCGAAGACGAGGCGCUGGCAGAGUACCUGGGCCAGACCUCAGACCACGAGAGCCAGGUCACCUUCACCCACAGGAUCAACCUCCCCAAAAAGGCCUGCCCCUGUGCCGGCUCGGCCCAGCUGCUGCAGGUGCUGCUGAGCCGGAUUGAGAUGCUGGAGAGGGAGGUGUCAGUGCUGCGGGACCAGUGCAACAGCCGCUGCUGCCAGGAGGGCGCUGCCACAGGACAGCUGGACUAUAUCCCUCACUGCAGUGGCCAUGGCAACUUUAGCCUCGAGUCCUGUGGCUGCAUCUGUCACGAAGGCUGGUUUGGCAAGAACUGCUCAGAGCCCUACUGCCCCCUGGGCUGUUCCAGUCGGGGUGUGUGUGUGGACGGCCAGUGCAUCUGUGACAGUGAAUACAGCGGGGAUGACUGCUCUGAACUCCGGUGCACCACAGACUGCAGCUCCCGGGGGCUCUGCGUGGACGGGGAGUGUGUCUGCGAAGAGGCCUACACGGGCGAGGACUGCAGUGAGCUGAGGUGCCCUGGGGACUGUUCAGGGAAGGGGCAAUGUGCCAAUGGUACCUGCCUCUGCCAGGAGGGCUACGUUGGUGAGGACUGCAGCCAGCAGCAGUGUCUGAAUGCCUGCAGUGGGCGAGGACACUGCCAGGAGGGGCUCUGCCUCUGUGAAGAGGGCUACCAGGGCCCUGACUGCUCGGCAGUUGCCCCUCCAGAGGACUUGCGAGUGGCUGGUAUCAGCGACAGGUCCAUUGAGCUGGAAUGGGACGGGCCGAUGGCAGUGACGGAAUAUGUGAUCUCUUACCAGCCGACGGCCCUGGGGGGCCUCCAGCUCCAGCAGUGGGUGCCUGGAGAUUGGAGUGGUGUCACCAUCACGGAGCUGGAGCCAGGUCUCACCUACAACAUCAGCGUCUACGCUGUCAUUAGCAACAUCCUCAGCCUUCCCAUCACUGCCAAGGUGGCCACCCAUCUCUCCACUCCUCAAGGGCUGCAAUUCAAGACGAUCACAGAGACCACCGUGGAGGUGCAAUGGCAGCCCUUCUCAUUCUCCUUCGAUGGCUGGGAGAUCAGCUUCAUCCCAAAGAACAACGAAGGAGGGGUGAUCGCUCAGCUCCCCAGUGAUGUUACAUCUUUCAAUCAGACAGGACUAAAGCCUGGGGAGGAAUACAUUGUCAAUGUGGUGGCUCUGAAAGAGCAAGCCCGGAGCCCACCCACCUCGGCCAUCGUCUCCACCGUCAUUGAUGGGCCCACUCAGAUCCUGGUUCGAGAUGUCUCUGACACUGUGGCCUUUGUGGAGUGGACCCCACCUCGAGCCAAAGUCGAUUUCAUUCUCCUGAAGUAUGGUUUGGUGGGUGGGGAAGGCGGCAAGACCACCUUCCGGCUGCAGCCUCCCCUGAGCCAGUACUCAGUGCAGGCACUGCGGCCCGGCUCCCAGUACGAGGUGUGGGUGAGCGCUGUCCGUGGGACCAACGAGAGCCAGCCCACCACCACCCAGUUCACAACAGAGAUUGACGCUCCCAAGAACCUGCGGGUUGGUUCCCACACAGCAACCAGCCUUGAUCUUGAGUGGGACAACAGUGAAGCCGAGGUGCAGGAGUACAAGGUUGUGUACAGCACCCUGGCAGGUGAGCAGUACCAUGAGCUGCUGGUGUCCAAGAGUUUCGGUCCAACCACCAGAACCACCCUCACAGAUCUGGUGCCUGGCACUGAGUAUGGAGUUGGAAUAUGUGCUGUCAUGAACUUACAACAAAGCAUCCCAGCUACUAUGAAUGCCAGGACUGAACUUGACAGUCCCCGAGACCUCAUGGUGACAGCCUCCUCAGAGACCUCCAUCUCCCUCAUCUGGACCAAGGCCAGUGGCCCCAUCGACCACUACCGAAUUACCUUUACCCCGUCCUCUGGCGUUGCCUCAGAAGUCACUGUGCCCAAGGACAGGACCUCGCACACACUGACAGAUCUAGAGCCCGGGGCAGAGUACAUCAUUUCAAUCACCGCUGAGAGGGGUCGGCAACAGAGCUUCGAGUCCACUGUGGAUGCCUUCACAGGCUUCCGCUCCAUCUCCCAUUUGCACUUUUCUCACGUGACCUCCUCCAGUGUGAACAUCACCUGGAGUGACCCAUCCCCCCCAGCAGACAGACUUAUCGUGAACUACAGCCCCCGGGAUGAAGAGGAAGAGAUGAUGGAGGUCUCUCUGGAUGCCACCAAGAGGCAUGUUGUCCUGAUGGGCCUGCAGCCAGCCACUGAAUAUAUCGUGAACCUGGUGGCAGUCCAUGGCACAGUGACAUCUGAGCCCAUCGUGGGCUCCAUCACCACAGGAAUCGAUCCUCCCAAAGACAUCACUAUUAGCAAUGUGACCAAGGACUCAGUUGUGGUCUCCUGGAGCCCUCCUGCUGCAUCUUUUGAUUACUACCGAGUUUCAUAUCGGCCAACACAAGUGGGACGGCUGGACAGCUCAGUGGUGCCCAACACUGUGACGGAAUUCACCAUCACCAAGCUGUACCCAGCUACUGAAUAUGAAAUCAGCCUCAACAGCGUGCGGGGACGGGAGGAGAGUGAGCGCAUCUGCACCCUCAUUCACACAGCCAUGGACAGCCCUGUGGGUCUGACUGCCACCAGCGUCACCCCGACAGGAGCUCUGCUGCAGUGGAAAGCACCGGCGGGGGAGGUGGAGAGCUACGUCCUUGUUCUCACACACUUUGCAGUCACUGGAGAGACCAUCCUGGUUGAUGGGGACAGUGAGGAAUUCCAGCUUGUUGACCUGCUUCCUAGCACCCACUAUACUGUCUCUAUGUAUGCCACCAAUGGGCCUCUCACCAGUGGCUCCGUCAGCACCAACUUCUCUACCCUCUUGGACCCUCCUGCAAACCUGACAGCCAGUGAGGUCACCAGACAAGGUGCCCUGAUCUCCUGGCAGCCUCCCAGAGCAGAGAUCGAGAACUAUGUCUUGACCUACAAAUCCACUGAUGGAAGCCGCAAGGAGCUGAUUGUGGAUGCAGAGGACACGUGGAUCCGACUGGAGGGCCUGUCCGAGAGCACAGACUACACUGUGGUCCUGCAGGCGGCCCAGGACACUUCUCGGAGCAGCAUCACCUCCACCACAUUUGCCACAGGGGGCCGAGUGUUCCCUCAUCCUCAAGACUGUGCCCAGCAUUUGAUGAAUGGAGACACUCUGAGUGGGGUUUAUACCAUCUUUCUCAAGGGAGAGCUAAGCCAAAAGUUACAGGUGUACUGCGACAUGGCCACGGAUGGGGGAGGCUGGAUUGUAUUCCAGAGACGGCAGAAUGGCCAAACGGAUUUUUUCCGGAAAUGGGCUGAGUACCGCGUUGGCUUUGGGAACCUGGAGGAUGAGUUUUGGCUGGGGCUAGACGACAUACACCGGAUCACGUCCCAGGGCCGCUACGAGCUGCGCGUGGACAUGCGCGACGGCCAGGAGGCUGCCUUCGCCCACUACGACAAGUUCUCUGUGGAGGACAGCAGAAGCCUGUACAAACUCCACAUAGGGGCUUACAACGGCACUGCAGGGGACUCCCUCAGCUACCAUCAGGGACGGCCUUUCUCCACAGAGGACAGAGACAACGAUGUUGCGGUUACCAACUGUGCCAUGUCAUAUAAGGGAGCCUGGUGGUAUAAGAACUGCCACCGGACCAACCUCAACGGGAAAUAUGGAGAGUCCAGGCACAGCCAGGGGAUCAACUGGUACCAUUGGAAAGGCCACGAGUUUUCCAUCCCCUUUGUGGAAAUGAAGAUGCGGCCCUAUAACCACCGUCUCAUGGCCGGGAGGAAGCGGCGGUCCUCGCAGUUCUGAGCAAUGGACAGCCGCAAGCCAACUGACCUUUUCUGUCAUUUGUAUUUUAUAACAUGAAACAGGGGGUGGGGGGUAAGAGUAAUGUGCUUUGCAACAUAUUAAGAGUGUCUGAAGGAAGCAGGAUGUAGCAGGAAUUCGCUGAGAGUCAUCUGCUCGUGGUUUCUGCUGCCGCAGGGCCUGACCCUUGGUCUCCAUUCUCCCUCCUAUCCCGUCUUCCUUAACCUUCCCUUCUUUUCCCCACCAAGCAGGAGAAGUGGGAAGUUUUUGUAAAAGACCCAUUCAAAGGUAAGCCCCGGAGUGAUACUGUUCUGGCCGCAGGCCUUGUCCUGCCCUCCUCCUCAACUGCCCGUCCCUGUCAGGCAGUACUGCCGGCGUCACUGUCUUCGACGACCAGUUUCUCACACUAGCCUGGGGAAGAAGCCUCAUCAGAAGAGCUUUGCCAACAACUCCCCUUCAGAGGAAACAGAUCACCCCAUUCCAACAGCCCAGGUCCUUUUUAACGGGCGAAAGAUUCUCAUCUUCUGAUGCUCUUUCCAGCUGAGUGUCCUGUGUUACCUUUGAAGAGUGGUGGCCUCCUUUCCAGCCCCAACUCAUCCUGUGCUGACUUCCUUCCUACCCUGAGGCCCCCGUGGCCCCACAUGCCCAGCCAUUGCUCUGGACUCUGGUUCCCAAAGUGUUGCCCAUCCCUGGCCCCUCCCUCGGGUCAGACAGACAGCAACUUUCUUUGGGAAUGGGAGGGGGAGAUGGUUGUGGGUUUUAGCUCUUUUGGAUCAGGACACCUGCCAUUGAGAUCAUAGGUUCCAUGGGGACACAGAUCUUACCUAGCCCUGUUUGCUCUGUUUGUGGUCCUAUUGGUUGUGGAUUUUUUUUCUUUCCUGAAUUGCAAACUGAAGGCCUCAUUUGUGUCUUCAGCCAGGCUCUCCUUAAGGUGGGUGGCUUAAUAAGAAUCAGAAGAAGUUAUGUGACCAGCCAGCCAUUCCUCUGACUGACAACCCGUGAGAAGAGGUGGAUUUGGGGGGUCUGGGUUUCUGGUUUUUUCUCCUUUUUUGGGCCUUUGGGAAACAGGAAUGACCUCUUAAAUGUGGCAAGAUGAUGAGACACCUUUCUCAUCUUCUUUUAUUAUUCUGCCUUUGAGAGGAAAAAUGAAAAAUGCCAGAGGAAAUUGCAUCUAGAAAUCCAGAGGUGAGCAGGGGAGGCCUGUGGGCCUACCUCCCAUUUUAUGACAUGUGCUCUCGUCACUAGCAUGAUUUGAUUUUUAAGCCCAAGAGAGCUGGAGCUCUAGAAGCUGUGACCCUCAACUGCUCCAAAUCAAAUGUCGGCUGGAAGCCGGCCUGCAGCUUUCGCCAAGUCAGUGCCCUGCUUCCCCAGCUGCUUUCUGCCUUCCCUUGCCUUUUCCUCAAAGCCCCAGGUUCAUUUUCUGUAGUGCCCGUUUUCAGACCAACUAGGGCAUCUGAUCUCUUUCUUUCCCAGGUUCUGGAUGAGCCUAAGAGCCGGCAGUUUUCUAAUGGAACAUCCACAACCUCACCAAGCUUGCUAACCAGGAAAGGACAGUCGCUCGAGCUGACGGUCCCACUUCUGAUGUUCUGGGGAUGACAUCAGCGGCCCCUUGCUGUAGGCACUCCCCCUUCUGCAGGUCUCCCAGCCUCGCUCACUGCUGUGGUGUGGGUGUGCUGGACAAACCUGGUGCUGGAAAAUGGAGAUGACAUUUCCAUUUCUCAGUUCACCAUGGGCUUUAAGAAAGCUAGGAAAAGGAGGGAGAAGCAGAAGAGCCCCUUCAAAAUAUCUGUAAAUUAAAGAAGAUUCAGCUAGACAGUGGGACACCAAUGAGUGGUGGAAGCACAUUAACUGAGGGACUAGGGGCUAAGGUAUAGGCCUCCUCUGCAUUUUUGGCUCCAUGGCAGAAGGGCUGUUGUUGACGUCUCUGGGUCUCAGUUUCCUCACCUAUUGAAUGAAAGUUUAAACUUGAAUGGCUUCUAACUGCCCUUUCCAUUUGAAUAGUCAGCAACACUAGCCUCUGAUCUGAAAAUGAGUAGAAAUUGGCAUGGGCGAGAAAGCUUGAUUAAGUAAUGAAAAUUUACCAUAAGCCCUGUUUUAUUAAAAAGAAGGAAAGA